CCCACCCAUGUGAUGUCAGAGUACUGGCUGGGAACCUCUGGGGGUGAUCAUAUGCCAGAGGCAAUUAGAUAAUAUCAGCACAAAGAAGUAACCUGCCUGCAACCAAAGUGUGUGUAUAUAUAUAUAGCAAUUAUUUAUCCUGACACUCCGCCAUACAAGUCCGUCCUCUUCCUGCACUCAUUCCCAGCAGCAGCACAGCGCACGCACCAUGUGUGUUUGGUAGCUGUGCCCGGGGCACUGCACGACCCUCCCCAUCUGUGACUAGUGAGCCCCCGACUGGCAGAGACAGGCAGCAGCGGUAUGGUGGUAGUGUCGGGGCUGCUGGAAGACACAGGGAACGCGAAUGAUGCCAUGUCGAGCUCUGAUGCUGAAGAUGAGCUGAUUGAGCCUUCCACGCCCACUCCGGGCAGCGCCGCCUUCUCCCUGCACUGCAAUCUGCACCCGCCGCAGCUGCCUGAGGUAAUUCCCCUGAAUGUGGGAGGGAUGUGCUUCACCACCAGACUGUCAACACUUCAGCGAUAUGAGGACACCAUGUUGGCUGCCAUGUUUAGUGGACGUCAUCACAUUCCAACAGAUGUCGAGGGCAGAUACUUCAUUGACAGAGAUGGAACAUACUUUGGGGACAUUCUAAACUUUUUGCGUUGUGGUGAACUUCCUUCACGAGACCGUGUGAAAAUGGUGUACAAAGAGGCUCAGUACUACUCAAUUGGGCCUCUGCUUGACAUUUUAGACAAAAUGCAGCCUCUUACUGGAGAGAAAGUGAGGCAAGCUUUUCUGGACUUAAUGCCUUACUACAAAGACCACUUGGAGCGCAUUAUUGAGAUUGGGAAACUACGAGCUAUUCAGAGGAAGGCACGAUUUGCCAAGUUGAAGGUCUGUGUCUUCAAGGAAGAGAUGCCCAUAACUCCUUAUGAGUGCCCACUAUUCAACACACUACGUUUUGAGAGGAGCGAGAAUGAGUCGAAGCACUUUGAGCACCACUGUGAGGUGGACGUGUCUUUUGGACCCUGGGAAGCAGUGGCUGACGUGUACGACCUGCUGCACUGUAUAGUAACUGAUCUCUCAGAGAGAGGCAUCACUGUGGAGCACCAGUGCAUCGGGGUGUGUGACAAGCAUCUUGUUAAUCACUACUAUUGCAAGCGCCCUAUUUAUGAAUUCAAAAUCACUUGGUGGUGAAAUGCUGCUGACACUGACAAUCAAGGAACAGGACCAAAUGAAUAUUAUUGGAAUGUUUUAAGACCAAAAAACUUUUGAAGCUAGAGGCGACAAUGUUAAUUCAUGGCAUAAGAACAAGGUUUAUCCAAAGUUACUAAGCUUGGAGAAACUUUGCUGCACUUACACCAGGUACACCCUGACAUUUGGAUGCUUGGUUUGGUAGUCAAGUAACUAUUUUUAUUAAUAUUGGUGACUAAAACCAACAUACCACAUAUACUGUGGUAUAACUGGGUGUUGGAUGAGUUAUCCACAUUUAUUAUACUUCAAAAACAGAAAAUUGGGUCAAUUCUCUUCUAUCAGUUUUAGGCCAAUCAACAUGUGGUGCACUAUGUAAUGACAUAUUUAAUGGUAUACUAUUACUACUGCUAAGAAUAAUAAAGAAGAAGUACACUAUAACCCAAAUAGAUAUAAAACAUGUAAACACAUUGAAAUAGAAUUUAGGAUUGUAUAAACUGAUGUCUUCUCCCUCCAUUAUUUACUAUGCAUUUAUGUAGAUUUUUUUUAAAAUAAUGACUAUGGUCUAGAUGCAUUAUCGCUUGGAAAGUGAUAAAA